CUCACUCUCCAAAAAGAAGGAAGAAACUCAUCUCUUGAGAAUCUGAAAAGCCAGAGAAGAACUCAAAAAAACUUGAGGAUCAGAAAUUUAUAAUCUCGAAAUCUGCGGCAGAUGAACAGAGUGAUUAAUCAGUUGUCGGGAAAGUUAAUGAAGGACAAGUGUGUUACCGGAAGUGGCGGCGGUGCAGUAAAAGAAUCGGCGUCGCCGCAGAGUCCAGUGGCGACAUCUUCGUCAGUGAGGAGGCUGAACGGCGAUCUGGAGUCGAGGCGAUUUGGAGGGGCGGCUAGCGAGAGACUGAGGCAGGCGGAGGAGUCUCUGAGGACGGUUAUGUUUCUUAGCUGUUGGGGAGCUUGCUAGAUCUGGUGGUGUAAACCAAAACACGUUCCUCUUUCUGCUUUGAUUUUGAGUUUUUAUUUUCUUUGUUUAUUUUGAAGAUGUUCGCUGUGAAUAUUUUUCAUCUUUGUGUAGUUGUUUGAGUUUCUGUAAAUCAAUGUACAAAAACGAAAAGUUGUGUUGAAGAAAAUGGUUUUUUCUCUCACCAAA